GACUUCUUACAUCGGGUAAAUUACAAAGCUACUACAUCCUUAAAAAUAUGGUAAGACUAUUUCUCCUGAUGAAAGACAACAGUUUUCCUGAAAAAACAAAUUGUUGUGAACCAACAGCUUGCUAUAAUGUCAGGUCUUUGAAGAUAUUUCCUCCAGCUCACAAUUCUACUUGUCAAUACCACAUCAGUGGUUUUUUACUGUCUUAUUGAGUUAGGCUGUCGAUAAAUUGCUUCUCGUAAUUCCCAACUUGAAGAUAUACAACGUGAAUUUUACAGAAUGUCACUGUUUUCCAUCAGCAUCUUUUUUUUUCGAAUUAUGGGACUCUGGUUCCCCGAUGAGGAGACCUCAACUUGGAAAACCAAAUUAUAUAAAAUAUACAAUGGAUUUACAGUUAUGAUGAUGUGUACAUUUACACUAACACAAUUUCUUGCAUUGCCUUCGUGCAUUCAUGAUGCUGAAGAAUUGACAAAUGCCUCAUUCAUGCUGUUAACAAUGAUAGCUGUGACAGGAAAGAUGUGGAACAUGACUCUUCAUCGGAAGCAAAUCAGUAAAAUGGUUAAAUUGUUUGAUGUGGAGCCAUUCAAAACUUUGAAUGACGAUGAAGUGACCAUCAAGUUGAAAUUUCAACGCUCAAUCAAGCUCUUUACUAUCUUAUACGGAAUGCUAACAGACGCAACGUGCUCAAUGUUAACAUUGUCUUCAAUAAUUCGGGAUAUUCCACAUCGUCAGUUACUCUUCAAAGCCUGGUACCCCUGGGAUCGUUCAUAUUCAGUUGGCUUCUGGUAUGCCUACAUUCAUCAAACUGUCAGUCAUUACAUUGGAGCCAAUGUCAAUGUCGCUUUUGAUACUUUCAUUCCUGGCCUAAUGAUGGCUACCACCGCUCAAUUGGAAAUAAUUAAGUAUCGAAUUAUCUCAAUACCAAAGGCAAUAGAGAAAGAGUUGUCAAAAUCAGUUUGUGGAGCCAAUGCUGAACAACUGAUAAAAUUGGAGACGAGGUAUUUGACAGAUUGUUCUAGACAUCAUCUGGCAAUUUUGGAGUUUUCUAAAUCAACAAAUGCUACAUUCACUGGUUCAAUUUUCCUACAAUAUUGCGCCAGCUCUCUCGUACUCUGCGUUAGUGUAUUCAGCUUGUCCCAUAUGAAGCCGUUGAGUAAAGAGUUCAAUUCUCUACUAAUGUACGUUGCUUGUAUGUUAGUACAAAUAUUUAUAUUUUGUGAUGCCGCUAAUGAAGUUACUAUCAAGAGUCAGACUAUUGCAGAUGCUAUUUACGACAUGGACUGGACAUCUCUGUCAGUCAAUAGCAAGAAGAGUUUAGUACUCAUCAUGGUUCGUACUUUGAGACCGAUAAUGUACACUAGUGGACAUGUCAUAAGUCUAUCUCUUGUAUCAUUCAGCAGUCUCUUGAAGCUUUCUUACUCCGUCUACAAUAUCCUGAACCAUUCUUCUCAAGAAAGUGCAUGAUUUUUUCAAUACAGUAAACUACGAACAGAACUACUAUUUCCUUAGUUACAGAACAAUUGUUUGUCCAUGGAAAGGAAUGAUGACUAUUUAUGCACGUACUGCAAAAUAACGUUGGAAUGGUACUUUAAAAUAUAAAUAUAUUGUUGAUUAUUGAAUUAGUUCAGUGAUAAGUGAUGUUGAAAGAAGUCGUCAGUAAAGUCAAUUGAGAUAAAAAUUUUUCAUAAUUUUUCCCAAAUGUCUCACUGAAAAAUACAUGGAAAUAAUAUACAGAACAAAUUUAAUCCUCUGAUUAUUAUCGUAAUUGUGUACUGCCAUUAACAUCAUCAACUUAUAAAUAGCAUAAUCGAUAUAUUAUCAACUUAUGCUUGGUUUAUCGUACGAAGAAACCAAUAAUUAUGAAAUAAUCAACGGUCAUUUCAUGAAAAAAAUUGAUUUUAGACAAAAUUGAGCAUAACAAAAUAUAAAAAAGAAAUGAAAAUUCUGUAUUUUAAAAUUAUUGUUGCCUGUAGAUGAGUUUUCUAAUGAAUGCGGAAACUAAUAAGGGCUGAUGAUAGAAAUUCUAAAAAUCUAUGUAUCAUAUAUAAAGGUUGUCUCUUAGAAAUGAAAUGUAUAUAAAUUUCUUUGAAAAAUAAUAAUUAAUCUGCUAUUUACACAACUUUUUCAAAAUGAAUUCUUGUUUUAAAAAAUCAUUAAUUGUAAGAUAUGUUACAGUUCAUUAUCGACGGAGUACAAAAAAGAGAGUAGAAUUGAAAAAAAAAAACAAUUUUUUAUUCUCUAACGGUAAAUUUUUAGACUUUAUAAUUUCCAAAUAAUUGGAAAUCGAGUUAUGCUAAACUUAAUAAAAUUUCAUGAUUUCAUUUAUACUGACUAUAUAGAAAUCUGUAAAUAAAAGACCAAUUCAAUGUGAAUAAAUUCAUAUUAGUUUCUGAAUUGUAAUA